AUGGAAUUCAGUCAUUUUGCAAUUGAAGCAAGCGCUCUACGAACGGAUAACGAAAUGAGUGCGCCGUCUAAAUCGGUAUUCGCCCGCAAUCUCUCAGAAGUUACCGUGUCUUUCCAGCAGAGUCGCUCGAAAAACUCGUCUAGAGCGGGCUCGGUGUGCCCGCCGACCGCCCGUUCCCCGAGUCUCACCACCGCCACCGCCACCACCGAUCCCUCGCAGAUCCCGACGGCUCUCGGCAACUCGGUGAACACGGCCAUCGGAGCGACGCCCUCUGACUUUGAGACGUAAUUGGAAUAGAAAAGGAGAAGAGGAUGAGAAAACGUUCAGGAACUCUGGAAUGUCGGACACUUCGGCCGGUUCGAGCCGCGCCACUUCGAACGGAUCCGAACCGAGAACUGCGAAGUCGCCGUCGUCUCCGGAGAAGAUCAUGCAGGGUGCGAAUGGGGAAAACGGACGGAAAGAGGGGAAUCGUUUCAGAUCUGAAGAGAGGAAGUCUGUUCGGACGGUCGUCGGUGAGCCAGAGCCAGCCGACCGAAGGACCUCAGAGUGUCACGCACGUCUCCUUCUCGGAUAACACCAACGUUUCGACCGCUUCCGAAGCCGGCAGCGUCAAAGAAAAAGAGAAUUUGAAGGUGUUCUCUCCGAACGUUUCGACCGGAAACGAAGGGCCCCGUUCGAGACUGACGUCCUGUAAAAAGGUUUGCAAACGUUCACUUUCUUGCCUUCACAAUCCGAUUCAGGACCGACGGAACACUUCCAAUUCGACUUCGUCCGUCGCGUCGAGAAAGAAAAUGAAGAAGACGGAGGAAACUUCUGGAAAGUCGGUCAAAUCGACCAAAAAGAGCAUUGACACUUCGGGAAAAAGUGCCAAAUCGAGCAAGUUCUCGCAAAAAAGUGGUCAGAGAAAGAAGAAACCGAAGAAGGAGGAGAAGGAGGCAUCGGUGAAGUUCGGGCAAUCGGGAGUCAUCAAAAAAGGCGACAACAAGAGUCAGAAGGCCGACGGAAGCGUCUAUUUCCCUGGAGUGGCGAUGCAGUCCGGCACGAACGGGUACUUCAAAAAGACGACGUCGGCGAGUCGGAAGCCCGCCGCCAAGGGCCCCGCCUACAACUUUCCCGGCACCGGCAGAUACGCCAGAAGCAUGGAUUCGGUCGCCCCGCCGCCGCCCGUUCCAGACCCGAACAACAGCCAUUGCGUCUAUGACGUGGCGGAGCUUGGAGCCGCUCAGAGACGCGUUCCGCCGCCCACGCAGACGGUCAAGAAGCCUCCCGCUUCCUUGUUCGGAACUCGCAAAGCGGCCGCCAAUUCGGUGCCGCGUGUUGCUCCGAAGGAAGUGCCGGCCGGCAACAAGAUGAUCGUCUUCGGAGUCACUCCGGAUGGGAAGACGACGGUGACCGCGCUCUGUUGAGAAUCCAUAACGAGUUGAGAUGUUGCAGGUCCAAAUGACAAUUGAUCUGCAAGUUGUGGCCGGAGAAGCUCUCGGAGCAUCGAAAGAGCCGGUGGCGCUGGUGCCGAAGAAGAUCAUCGUGAAGGGAAAAGAGAUUCCAUUCGACUCGAACUCGAUGACUGAAUAG